AUGUCAACCAAGACAACAUGGGGAACAUCAUCGGCAACAUCAGGCUACCCACCCCCAAAGCCAACUUGCUUCCGCUACACUCUCGUCGAGAAUCCCCCCAGUCCCGACAAGUGCGGCAACACUGGUCUUGACAGGGGCAAGAAAGCCACUGUUCUCGGAAACGGUGAUACAGACAGCGUCGAGGCAUGUGGAGAGAGCUGUGGUCAGAAGAAGGGAUGCAAGGCUGUUGUCUACGGCUACAAGGAGUCUGAUUAUAACAGGCCUUACUGCAAGCUGCUCGACGGACCUCAGGUUCGUGAUGCUGGAGAUGAUACGGCGUGGAGGUGGUAUGAUAUGUCUUGCUUCAACCCAGAUUGUGUCGCUCCACCUGGAUAUGAAUGCGGUUAUUAG